GUUGUCAAACGAACUUUUUGGACACCGAUAUAAACAAACAGUUUAGCUGUCUAUUCGCAAUCAAUAUUAACAAAAAACGUUAACUUGUCUAUUCACUGUUGAAGGUUAAAUCAAAGUUUUGAAUAAUAGGUUUAAAAAAUUAUGAAAAAAAAGGAUUUAGUUGUUAAACUGAACAGGCAAAAAAUAUAAUAUCUAUAAAAGUGGAUGGGCUGUAUCUUAAAUAAAAAUGUUGUUGCAAAAAAAAAAGAUUCAGUUAAGAUUCGUAGAAACACGCUGGUUACAAAACCUACUGUCAAAGUGGCUGCUGGUACUGGUAUUAACAUAGAAAAUAGUGAUUUGUCUCAAAUUAUAUUUAUAUUUGGUGGUCCUGGAUCUGGUAAAGGAACUGUAGUCUGCAAUCUAGUUGAAAUGUUCAAGUUUCGAUUCAUCUGCGGCGAAGAUCUAAUAUUAUCGCAUCUAAGUGCAAAGUUAAAUGAAGGAUCUGAAGUAAAAAAUGAAGCUGGAAGUACAUAUCAACUUGUAAAACUUCUGAGUGAAGACUCAUCUAUGGUGACUUUACAUUUAGUAAUGGAAUUAAUAAAAGUUGAAAUUUCAAAAUAUCCAGGUGAAAAAGUGUUAGUGGAUAUGGUUCCUAAUAUGAAAUUUCUUUUGCGCAGCCCGACAUUUGUUAAGGAUUGUGUGGCAGAAAUGAUAGCAUUUGAAGAAACGCAUCCUGUUGCAUUUGCUAUCAACUUAGCAUUGGAUCAAAGUCAAUUAAUGGCAAACCUCAAUCAAAAGCAUGCUCGUUCUAAUUCUACUUUAGCUGUUCAAAAUGCUUCUACCAAUGGUAAAGUCAAUUCUUCUAAUACUUCUGAUGAAAUGGAUACCUCUCGAACUACACAUAGAUUUAAUAUCUACAUGAAUUCAGUUAAAGACUUUAUAGCUUAUUUUGAUAAUGGUUCACGCUUACUAAAUGUCGAUACUUCACAAGGAUCUGUUGAGGGUGUUUGGGAUGGAGUUAAAAGUUAUGUUCUUGACAGUGAAAUUUGUACCCCAACAAAUGGCAUAGAACAAAUUGUUUUAAUUAAAACAAAAGAAAAUGAUUAUAAAGAUGUAGAUCGAGAAAGAUAUCCAAUGUUGGACGUCAACUGUAAGGAUCUUGUUGAAAAUAUAGCUGAUGCAUCUCCUGUAGACAUCAUGUCAAAGCUCCGUUGUCAUAUGCGCAAAAAUGCUGUUGAUUGGAAAACAUUUCUUGUUGAUGUACAAGGAUCCUCACUCUGUAAUAUUACCCGCUUGAAAGAGAUCAAAAAAAAGGAGCUGUUAUUUUUAGAACAAGAGAUUGGACAGCUUGACUAUUUCAUGCAUAAAUUAAAAAGAAGGACAUUCCGGAAAAAGUCAAUGUUGAGAAAGUGUGCCCAAAUUUAUAAAUCUGUAACUACAAGUGAAAACGAGGCUCUUAUUUUUCCUUCUGACUUUGAUAAGGAGCUUUGUCAUUUAAUUGCGUUGUGCUAUCUUAGCGCCUAAAAUCAGAAGUUAAUGGCGAAAUAGCAACAUAUUUUUAUAUUUAGGUAGUUGGAAAUAUUUUUGAUUGUUAUAAAUAAAAAGUUUGAUUAAUUUUAAAAUUUGUAAAUAUGUAAAUACAACAAAUAUAAAUAGAAGGAAUGUUUGGUCGCUGAGAUUUUUUAUCUGGGAGUUUUUAUUUCUAAAUCUGUUGCAUAUUAGUUCAUAUUACAUUGUUUACGACGACAAGGCUUCUUUAGUCGUUUGCAAAUUUCCUUACAACAAUUAUAUUAUUAAAUAUUAUUUUUACAAAUUAUCUAUAUUUAAAAUUACACUGGUCAACAAAAAAAAAUGUUUGUUUCCUGUGUUGUUUUUUUGUUUUUAUAUUAGUGAGUAUUUUUCACAUGUGGCUUCAAUUCUCUAACAGCUAUUUUUUUUGAGUUAUUCAACUAUUUUGAUUUAGUGUGAGUUCUGAAAUUACCGAAAGAAGCUUCUGAAAUUUUAGUAUUUUAUUUUAAAGAAAUAAAUUUGCAUAGUCCGGAAACUAAAAUCACUUUUUAUUCUGCUCAAAAAAAGAAUCUGCUACUAUAUUUUAUUUAUAAGAAGAAUUUAAUCUUUUGUAACGAUGUAGGCGGCAAUUGGAACAUUUUGAAACAGUUGGGUUUUAAGAAACUCUAAUCUAGUGAUUGGCCUCUUUUUAUUGACGGUUGCAAAAAAAGAUUAAAGUGUCUUAACGGUGACAAUUACGGAUCCACACUUAAUGCGCAUUCCACGACUUUGGAAGAAGAACGCACAAAUGUUUUAAAAGUUAUGGGAAAACAACUAAGUAUCAACUGUGUAGUUUGACCGCAACUGGGUAGUUUGUGUUGGUUUAAAUGCAUAACUCUCUUCUAUGUCAACAAGAGAUUACACAAAGAUCUCUGAUUUAUAUUUAGGACAGUCGUGACAAGUAACAUAUUGGUCACAAAAGAUUUUGGUCAGUGCGGGAAAAGCUAAAAGUUGAUAGAAAAAAAUGUUAUAAACGUGUCUUCAAUUAGCUGAGACUUGACCUACUUCAUAUUAAACUUGACAUAAUAAAAUAGUUUAUUAAGACACUUAAUAAAAGGUUUCAAUAGUGUUUCAAACAAGUUUUCAGGAAUAAAUACAGCAAAAUUAUAAACCGGUAUUUUAAUGAGCCUAAAAUUAGUCACCUCGUCAAAGAUUCUAAUUUUGCCAAAACAGUGACAGAUGUCGAAUACAAAGCUUCCAACUCUUCUAUUUUGGUUAAGAGUUAUUUCCUAGGUAAGAAGGAAUCUGGUGACCAUGUAAAGCUGUUUUCAGUACAUGCUAUCAAUAUUGGAAGUGUUAAAUGAGUAUAAAAGUUCACUACCUGCACUCGCAUUUAAAUCAAUUUCCACAAAAUUUAAGCAAUUUUAGUGAGAAGCAAAAAGAAGGAUAUUUGGAUGAUGGAAAAGCGUUAUUAGGGAAGGUGUGACUCACUUAUGACGGCAGACUACUGCUGGAGUUUCCAAUGAAAUCUAUCUAAAGUUGUUCAUUUAAUGAAACUUUAUAAAGGAUCAUUUGGUUAUAUAUAAUAAAAAUUUUGUUAA